GUGACCCACUACGACGUCUAUGUGGCGGCGGACAGCUCCGGCACCUCGCGCUCGGCGGUGAGCCUUGGAGUAGCGGUGGGCACCAAUCAGGCCCAGGUGGUCGAGAACACGGCCCUGGGCUCGUACACGCACCUCCUGGUUUACACAGCCAACGCCAAUGGUGAGCAGGCUGUGCCGACCUCGGUGGCCGUUGCCGACUCCGACGCCACCAUCUCCAGCCUGGCCUUCCAAGACCUAGACCUAGACAACCUGGACAUUGGUGGGGACGUGACGUGGACGAGUCCGGCCGACACAUCCCAAGUGGCAGAGUAUGUGGUGUACCUCAGCACGAGCUCUGGAAGCAGGUCCCAGGUGGGCACCGCGACUGGCGACGCCACCAACUUCACCAUCCCCACAGAGACCAUGCGCUACCCCUACACACAGAUCCGUGUCUACAGCAAGUCCUUCUCUGGGUUCGAGCAGACCACCCCGGCGUUUGUGACCUUGCAGGACAGCGUGGCCAUCAUCACCUCCAUCUCGUUCACCGACAAGGACCUGGACCUCUUCGAGCUGGGGGGCUACAUUUCCUGGACGGUGUCGGGGACUACGUCGCUUGUCACCUCGUACCAGAUCUACAUCGACAUGGUCAGCUUCGGGACCUACCGGACCCAUUUGGGCAGCGUGCCCUCGGGCACCAACGCGUUCCUGCUGGCGCCCGAGUACAACCCCGGGCCGAACUCUUUUCUGCUGGUGUACACCCAGUCCUCGUUGGUGGAGCAGACAGGCAAUGCGGCCAUUGGCAUCUUUGACGUGGAGGCCAAUGCGGACUCGGUGGCCUUCACGGAUCUGGACCUGGAUCCCUCAGAGGUGGGCGGCACGGUAACCUGGAACGAGCCCUUCGACCCCUCCCAGGUGGCCUUCUAUGAUGUCUACCUGGCCCUUUCCAGCAUGGGCGAGAACAAGUCUCAGUUGGAGAGCCCGGUGCCAGUGCUCACAGCCCAGCGCUCCGUCAGUGCGGACACACCCCAGGGUGGUGCUUCCUGGGUGCUCGUGUACACCCGGUCCAGUCUAGUUGAGCAGACGACCCCGGCGUCCCAGGCCCUGGUCGACAACUGGGCUUUGGUGCCCUCUGUGGCUUUCACAGACUUUGAUAUCGACGAGGGCGAUCUCGGCGGGCUGCUCAGCUGGACUGUGCCGGCGGACGUCACUUUGGUGACGCACUACGUGGCCUACUUGGCCGACGAGGUGAACCGAUCUCAGGUGGCGGAGGUGGCGGUGGGUACCUUGGAGGCACCACUGCCUGUGGAUACCUCCAAGGGCUCCUUCGUGGAGCUGCGGGUCUACGUGAAGUCCACCCUGGCGGAGCAGAGCACCGGACAGGCCUACGCCUUCAGCGACACCGCAGCCCUGAUGGACUACCUGAACUUCACGGACCAGGACUUGGACUCCUUUGAGUUUGGGGGCUGGGCGCAGUGGCCGGAACCCACGGACGUGGCCUUCGUGGAACACUACGCUGUGUAUCUGGCGGAGGCUGGCAAUGGCACCGGUCGGAUACCAAUCUCCGGGGAGCUGCCGCCAGAGAACAGGAGCUUUCUGAUUCCCCCGGACCAGAGCUUGCCAUAUCUUCUGGUCUACGCCAAGUCCGUCCUGGGGGAGCAAAGUACCCCGCAGACGCUGGAGAUCAGCGACAGCGUGGUGACCUUUUCCUCCGUCGCCUUCGAGGAUGAAGACCUGGACGCGGAGGAGCUCGGGGGCGCGAUUGUGUUGGAGCCGGCAGGCAACCUGGAACUGGUUGAUGAGUACAAGGUAUUCCUGGCAUUGGACCUGCUGGGUGCCGGGCGGUCCCACAUCACUGCGGUGGCCACGGAGGCCAGCUUGGCGCAAGACACCGCGCUGGGAGGCUUCCAGUAUGUGCUUGCCUACGCCCAGUCCAGCCUCUCGGAGCAGACCGUGCCGGUCAGCCUGGCGAUCUCAGAUGUCUCUGCACAGGCGAGCGACUUGACCUUUGACGACCAGGACUUGGACGCCGGGGAGCUCGGCGGCUUCCUGCGCUGGGCGGGGCCCAACAUUUCCCAGGUGGCACAGUACGUGGUGUACUUGGCCAGCAACGCCACCGGCAGCCUCACGUCCCACCGCUUGCUCGGCGCCGUGCAGGCGCAGACGGAGGAGCUUUUGGUGCCGGACAGCACCGGAAGUGCUGGGCUCACGCACUUGCUGGUCUUUGCCAGGUCGACUUUGGCAGAGCAGACGACCCCUGCGGGCCUCGAGUUUUACGAUGCUUCCGCCACAGUGGGAUCUUUGGGCUUUGUAGACUUGGACCUGGACGCGACUCAGCUCGGGGGCAACGUCACAUGGCGGGAGCAGGGUGACACAGCCGCUGUGGCACAGUAUGUCGUGUACCUCGCCGAGAACGGGAACGCCAGCCGGCAAUUGGUUGACUCGGUGUCGCCCGGGGCAGCAACUGCCGAGAUGUUGCCGGAGACGGCGCUGAGGAACUUCAGCCAUCUUGAGGUGUACUCCAGGUCCAGCCUCUUCGAGCAGAGCACUGCAGCAGCGCUGGAGAUCCAGGACACGAACGCGAGUGCCUCUGCCCUGGAGUUCGUAGAUCAGGACUUGGACGCCCUUGAGGUCGGAGGGAAUCUCAGCUGGCUCCCGCCAGUCGAUGCUUCCCAGCUGGCAGGUUAUUCCGUGUACCUGGCAGGUACGCACUUGGCGGAGGAGCCGCCAGGCUCUGAGGUGAGGCUGCUUCCCUUGGACACGGUCAACGUGUCGGUGGCAGAGGUCUACACGAGGUCGCUGCUGGUGGAGCAGACCACCCCUGCCACCACCAACCUUCGCGACGAGGCCGCAUCGGCGUCGGGGGUGCGGCUGGUGGACGAUGAUUUGGAGAGUCAGGAGAUCGGAGGUCUCAUCACCUGGACCUCAGAGCCUUUGGUGCCAGUGCUGGGCUUUAAGGUAUUCCUCUCGCCGCCUUCCACCUUUGUGGCGGAGGUAGUAGCCAGCUCUGGCAGCGAGUACCAGGCCACGCUGGUGCUGGACACAGCGCUUGGAAGCUUUACGAAUGUCGAGGUCUUCGCUUUCUCGGCGCUCGGGACGCAGUCGCUCCCGGCAAGCGGUGCGCUCAGCGACGUGAGCGCCCAGGUGCAGUCUCUGACCUUCCUGGACCAAGACCUUGAUGAGCUCGAGCUGGGGGGCCGCGUGCUUUGGCAGGAGCCCGCAGAUGUCUCGCGAGUCCAAGCCUACGAUCUGGCGCUGUCCAACAACUUUGACGCGGGGGCUGGCUGGGUCUACGUUCGCUGUUAG